AUGCCGCCAUUAAGUCGUGGGGUGGUUGGUUCUAAGGCGCACGAAAUAGAGGGGUUUAGGUGUACGUACACCUCAGCCGCUGCGGGCCCCGCAGGCUCAAAUAGAAACAGAAAAGGAGAGACAAAGACAAAGACAGAGAGAAGGAGAGACAGAGAGACAGAGAGACAAAGAGACAGAAAGAGAGACAGAGAAACAGAGAGACAAAGAGAAAGAAAGAAAGAGAGACAGAGAGACAAAGAGAAAGAGAGAAAGAGAAACAGAGAGACAGAGAGAAAGAAAGAAAGAGAGACAGAGAGACAGAGAGGGAGACAGAGAGAAAGUGAGACAGAGAGACAAAGAGAUAGAGAGACAGAGAGGGAGACAGGGAGAAACGGAGACAGAGAGGGAGACAGAGAGAAACGGAGACAGAGAGGGAGACAGAGAGAAACGGAGACAGAGAGGGAGACAGAGAGAAACGGAGACAGAGGGGAGAGAAAGAGAGAAACGGAGACAGAGAGGGAGACAGAGAGAAACGGAGACAGAGGGGAGAGAAAGAGAGAAACGGAGACAGAGGGGAGAGAAAGAGAGAAACAGAGACAGAGAGACAGAGACAGAGAGACAGAGACAGAGAGAAACAGAGACAGAGAGAAAGAGACAGAGACAGAGAGAAAGAGAAAGAGACAGAGACAGAGAGGAGGAGAGGCAAAGACAGUAAGACAAAGAGAUAGAGAGACAGAGACAGAGACAGAGAGAGAGAGAGAGAGAAACAGAGACAGAGAGAUAGAGAGAUAG